AUGAACCCAUUCACUCACAUGUCUGAUUGCCCGUUUUUUUUUGUUUUUUUUUUUCUUCUGGGAGUGUGUGACGGAGGAAUGCCCCCGAAGGGACGGGUGACUGCACCGGUGUCCCUGUCCCCCGCUGCAGCCAAGAACGGCAUGGGGGGUAAGAAUGAUAAAAACAAGGAGGAGAAGCCCAAGAAACUGAAUGCACAGCAGGUUGCCCUGAAUAACGUUGUGGAGGUGGCAGAUCGACUGUACAAGCAGCAUGAGCAGGAACGAGUCAAGACGGAAACCGCCGAUCAGAUAUCACGUCGGGGUGCCAUACUUGACGCUGCCUUGGAGAAGGAGCGACUGAGAAUAGACAAGGCUGAGCAUGAAAAAAUAGUGAAGGAAAUGGAAGAACGGGAGCAACUUGCCUACAGGGAGUGUGAAAAACACCGCAUAUGGAGCCGUGUUCCACACGCCUCACGGCUCCCACAAGUUGAUAGUGAAAGCUCCAUCAACACCUUCCUUGCUGUCUGGCGUGAUGAGGAGAGGGAGUAUGACAAGCAUACGCCUCUUGUCACUGUGAUUAAUAGACGAAAUUCCGUCGGGGGAGGCCUACAGAAUUAUUAUUUUAUCAACGGAGAAUUUGGCGUUUCCCCAGCGGCUCGCAAGAAGAUGGUGGAGUCUGAACUCCAACAGUGUCUUGAGGCAUACGAGUUAACAGAAGCCAUCCGCUUGGAGGCUGAUCGCUCUCUGACUCAACUAAAAAUGGAGGAUCUUACAUUUUUCAGUAAAAACAUCGGGAAGGUGUGUGAACAGGUGCUAAAUUCAUUAGACUUUAUCACCAUUCAUGCCUUGCUUGGUUAUGAUGUCAUACUGGAGGGUCCAAACAGUGAGUUCCUAACAAUGAGCGUUCCACCAACAAAUCCUGUGGUGAAGUACGGUCUCUGGGUGAAAGUGAAGGAGACGACACGCAGUUUUGCUUCCAUGGUAUUUCCCAACAUCGCAAUACGCCUGGACCCAAAAUCCAGCGCCUUGCCAAAGCUCCCAAAGGCACUGGGAUUGAGUAAGGAGAAUGUUGCAGUUCGUGUUAUUCAAUUGGGGUUUAACCCGCACGAACACCAUGGUUCCAUUGGUCGAGAAUUCUACGCGUUAAACUGUGUUAUCAAAUUAGACCUUUUAAAUUUUACAGAGCGUCCAAAACAUGUCGGGGAUUGGCUUUAUCGCUCUGAAACCGAAGAGGCUCACGCUUUACAUUUGGUUCCAUAUCCCCCAGAAGUCUUGGAAAGCAAUGAAGAAGAUCUUUCACUUCGCGUUUCAUUUGAGGCUCCAAACAGCAUUGUUAUGCGUCAUUCAUCAUUGCUCAUUGGGAAGUGGUUAGAAGCAUCCAAAGACUGGGAGCCCUGCAGUCACACAAGCGCUUCUACGGACAGCACCGGAACUGAAGGCAGAAGAUGUGUUUUUGCAACCUCAGAGUUUGCUACCUUCGCAGUUUUGCAAGAAAAGGGAUUUGAUGUCCCAUACGAGCAGUGGCGACUACAUCCUGUAAGCUUUGACCAAGUUCUGAUGGUAUUGGAGGGGCGUCGUCGCGGAGAAGGGAGUGAUCGUGAGUUUCGUAUACUUAUCCAGGAUGCGCAGUGCAAGCUCUUGGCUCCGGAGGACCCUGAGCUGGCUCAUCUUCGGGAAAAUUGGCUUGAACCUGCAACACUGAUCCGUCUGCUUUCUCAAACCGGCUUUAACUUUCUUCUGGAUGACGAAGAUGCCAAAUUUCUCGAAAACAUUGUGCCAAAGACGUCUGCUCUGGAGGAAAAGGCGUAUGCGGAUAUUGCGCAAUUUUGUCUUUUUUACGCCAUCGCAAGCUCGAGGCACAACAAAUGCGGCGAGGAUGCGGAUUUGGCUUUGUUUCGUGUCUCCAAGCAGUCCCGUGCCCUUGACAACGAUGAACGGCUGGAGGUUCAGUUGGACGAGGACUCGGAUUGGCAUAGCGUGCGGUACCAGACCCAAUGUUGUGCCUUUGCCGCUAUUAGGGAGUCAGACGAGGUUCCUGACCUGCACAUUCUUGAGGGGCAUGAGUCCCACUUUAACCUCUACACACUUCUCUUGCAUGAGAAGGGCGAGGAAGUACGCCUACAGGCUGUUCACCACACCAAUUUUCUUUUGCGGCGAUGUGUUUUUCAGCUGCUCCGCCUGAUCCGACCGUUGACGUGGGGUUAA